CCCGCCCUGUCGCCCGCCUAUCCUCGAACCUCACCUCCGCCGUUCCAAUCUUGCGUGCGAACGACUCAUCUUCAUCUGAUACAGUAGACUCGCACCACUUGCUACCCCGCCAUCAUGGUGCUCUCGAAGAAGCCUAUACACCAAGUCAUCCUUCUUGGGCUCGUUUGCUUCGGCUGCCCCGGCAUGUUCAAUGCCGUCAACUCCCUCGGUGCUGGUGGUGGUACUGACCCCACCACUGGCAACAAUGCCAACGCCGCCCUCUACACCACCUUUGCCAUCUUUGGUCUCUUUGGCGGUGCUGUCAACAAUAUCCUCGGCCCCCGCAUCCAGAUGUUCGUUGGCGGCCUGACCUACUCUCUCUACAUUGGUGCUUCCCUCAACAACGAUCUCUCCGGCGGAGCCGCGGGCUCUUCCGGCGCCAAGGCCUUCUUCAUCGUUGCCGGCGCCAUUCUCGGUGUUGGUGCUGGUCUCCUGUGGUCUUCCCAGGGUGCUCUCAUCAUGGCCUACCCCACUGAGGAGAAGAAGGCCACCUACUUUGCCGUCUUCUGGAUCAUCUUCAACCUUGGCUCUGUGAUUGGCAACACCAUCGGUUUUGGUCUCAACUUCAACAACCCCGAUGUCGCCAUUUCACCAGCAACUUUCGGCGCCUUCAUCGGCAUCACUAUCCUUGGCUCCUGCUGCGCCCUCCUCCUGGCUGAUCCCAAGACUGUCAUCCGUGAUGACGGCAGCCCCGUCAGAGUCAUCGUCCAGGGCAACGUUCUCGCCGAGGCCGUCGAGGUCCUCAAGCUCUUUGGCAACUGGCGCAUGCUCCUGCUGACGCCCUGCUUCUUCGCCUCCAACUACUUCUACGCCUACCAGUUCGGUUACAUCAACGGCCACUUCUUCAACGUCCGCUCUCGCUCCUUCAACUCGAUGCUGUACUGGAUCAUGCAGGCUAUUGGAUCCUAUUUCAUUGCCAAGUUCCUUGACAAUGACAGGUGGUCGCGCAGCGUUCGCGGCAAGGUUGGUCUCGCUGUUGUCUUUGUCGGCAACACUGCUGUCUGGAUCGGUGCCUUGUUCUAUCACCAAGGUCCCUACAAGGACAUUGCCGCAAGCUCGACCCUGAGUGCCACCAAGGUUGAUCUGUUCGGCACCCCCGGCCAGACCCACCCCGCCAUGUGGGGCAUCACCAUUAUGUACAUCCUUGGCGCGGCCCUCGACGCCAUGUUCCAGUCCUAUGCCUACUGGAUCAUGGGUGCCCUCACCAACGACUACGCCACCCUGUCCCGCUAUGGUGGUUACUACAAGGGCAUCCAGUCUCUCGGUGGUGCCGUCUCCUGGAUUCUGGGUGGUGUUGCCCAGGUCGACCCUUGGAUCCAGCUUAUCAUCACCGUCGUCCUCGUCAUUGGCUCUCUCCCCAUUGCCUAUGUCACUGUCGUUACUGUCAGGGACACCUCCAGGACCGUUGAUGAUGAAAGCCAGGGAAAGUCCUAAAUAAGCCAUAAAGAGUCCCAGAUAGACCAUGGAUAUCGAGGCUGGGUUGCUGUU